AUGAAGAAAUCCGUCAAGUUGAAGGACAAUCAUUAUGAAAUAUCGUUGCCAUGGAGAGAUGAUCAACCAUGUUUACCGAACAGCAGACCUAUGGCAUCUCGCAGACUGGGACUCCUGAAAAGGAGAUUACAGAGAAAUUCAGAGCUGCAUGGAAGAUAUUCAACUGUUAUCAACGACAUGCUUAUUAAAGGGUAUGCCCAGAAAGUCCCGGAAGAAGAACGUAAUCGUCAAGAGGGGUUUUUGUGGUACUUACCCCACCAUCCAGUGCACCACCCACUAAAACCUGACCAAACAAGAGUCGUGUUCGACUUUUCAGCCAAAUACCGUGGCACAUCACUAAAUGACAAGUUAUUGCAGGGACCCGACUUGACGAAUUCAUUGCUGGGAGUAUUAACUCGACUUCGACAGGAGCACAUUGCAAUGAUGGCAGAUAUUGAAUCUAUGUUCCACCAGGUGAGAGAGCCAAAUCAGUCAAGCUGCUCAACUUUGAUCACUUACCAAGCGAGCCUGCACUGGGGAUCCAGUGAAAACAUCCAGAAAGACAGAUUUGAGUUCAACAUCAACGUGAAACCGAGGGACCCGACUAGACCCGGGAUAUUGGCUGUUUUUAGUUCUAUAUAUGACCCAUUGGGUUUGGCUGCACCAUUUGUGCUGACUGCUAAGAUCCUUCUGCAAGACCUAUGCCGAAGAAAGCUAGGAUGGGAUGACACCAUACCUGGAGAUGACGAAGACCGCUGGCAUGUCUGGCUUGCCGAUUUACCUAAACUGUCAGGUUUCUCUGUUAACCGAUGCAUCAAGCCGAAGAAUUUCAAUGAUAUCAUGACCAGCCAAUUGCACCAUUUUUCAGAUGGUUCAACCAGUGGCUACGGAGCUGUGACCUACCUGCACUUGACCGAUUCUUAUGGUAACAUCAGCUGCACCCUGAUGACAAGCAAGUCCCGAGUCGUGCCACUCAAACAAAUCACCAUCCCUAGACUAGAAUUAUCAUCCGCCUCAAUAGCCAUUAGAUUGGACAAGAUGAUGAGAAAGGAACUGGAGCUCCCCAUCGACGACUCGAUGUUUUGGAUUGACAGCUCCUCUGUACUCAAGUAUAUAAUGAGUGAAGACAGAAGAUUCCAUACAUUCGUGGCCAACAGGGUAGCUCUAAUUCGCGACGGUUCGAGCCCAUGUCAGUGGAGAUAUAUCCAGUCCAAACAUAAUCCCACUGAUGACGUGUCGAGAGGAUUGACAGCAGAUACACUCCUUGGAAGUUCGAGGUGGCUACUGGGGCCGGAGUUCUUGAUGAAAACAGAAGACCAUUGGCCAAAAUGCAUAGAAACUCUGGAAAGGAUUUCAGACGAGGACCCAGAAGUCAAGAAGGAAGCAAAAGCAGGUGGAGCAUCACGAAAGGAAGACCCAGAACUGGUAGACGAAAUGAUGAAGCGAUUCUCCUCAUGGCACAAAUUAAAGAAGUUUAUUCUUUGGGUCUUGCCGUACAAAGAAAACCUCCGAAAUUCUGGUGAUUGUCUUAAGAAUCCUAAAGACCAAACGAAGACAAAAAUAGCAACACCAAUUUCGGUUAAAGAAAUGGAAGUUGCCGAAAGGGAAAUCCUCAAGUAUGUCCAAAGAAAGAGUUUCCCAGAAGAAAUGGAGAUCUUGAAGAGCAAGGAGACAAACAACGAGAUGAUCUGCAUCCAGCCUCAGUCACGGACGAAGUUGAUCAAGAAGUCCAGUGCUAUCUACAAGUUGGAUCCUAGACUAAUUGAUGGGCUCUUGUUAGUCGGUGGUCGACUCAGACCUGCUUCGAUCCUAGAAAGUGCCAAGCAUCAAGUCAUUUUGCCCAAGGAAAAUCACGUAUCCGACCUAAUUAUUCAGUGCUGUCCUUUGGCCUCAGGACACUCAGGUAGAGAGCACGUUUUAUCCUUGUUGCGAGAAAGAUUCUGGGUUAUCAGAGCCAAUUCAGCCGUCCGAAGACGGAAGAUGUUUCGGCUGUCGCCGCAGACAAGCUCCCGUUGCUGA